GAGGUCAUGUGUGACAGAAUUGCUUCCGGGUGAACUGGUGCGGUGUGGAUUGGUGACUUGGAUGAUUUUGAGCAAAGUUGAAACCAAUUAUUGUGUCGCAUUGGGUACACAUUUUAGGAACAUUCCGCCGAUUUAAAAUAGACAUCAUCGUAAAGUGAAUAUAAAGUAAAGCGAUGCCGGGGCUUAGUUGCAGGUUUUACCAGCACCGGUUCCCUGAGGUGGAGGAUGUCGUGAUGGUGAACGUGCGCUCCAUCGCUGAGAUGGGAGCCUAUGUCAGCUUACUAGAGUACAACAAUAUUGAGGGCAUGAUUCUGCUAAGUGAGCUCUCCCGUCGACGAAUCCGUUCCAUCAACAAACUCAUCCGUAUCGGUCGCAAUGAGUGCGUGGUGGUCAUCCGAGUGGACAAGGAGAAAGGCUACAUUGACUUGUCAAAGAGAAGAGUGUCACCAGAGGAAGCGAUCAAGUGUGAGGACAAGUUUACCAAAUCUAAGACAGUGUACAGCAUCCUGCGGCAUGUAGCUGAGGUUUUGGAGUACACUAAGGAUGAGCAGCUGGAGAGUCUGUACGAGCGGACCGCCUGGUUCUACGAUGAUAAGUACAAAAAGCCUGGCUAUGGUGCCUAUGACGUCUUCAAGCAAGCUGUGUCGGACCCCGCAAUCCUUGAUUGCCUGGACCUGACGGAAGAGGAGAAGAGAGUUCUCAUUGAUAAUAUCAACAGGCGACUUACUCCCCAGGCUGUCAAGAUCAGAGCAGAUAUUGAGGUGGCGUGUUACGGGUAUGAGGGCAUUGAUGCAGUAAAGGAAGCUUUGAGAGCAGGGCUCCACUGCUCUACGGAAGCUAUGCCAAUCAAGAUUAACCUGAUUGCACCACCACGGUAUGUGAUGACCACAACCACGCUGGAGCGCACAGAGGGUCUGUCUAUGCUCAACCAGGCCAUGGCCGCCAUCAAGGAGAGGAUCGAGGAGAAGAGGGGCGUCUUCAACAUUCAGAUGGAGCCUAAAGUGGUGACCGACACGGACGAGACCGAGCUUGCGAGACAACUGGAGCGCCUGGAGAGAGAGAACGCUGAAGUGGACGGUGACGACGACGCGGAAGAGAUGGAGGCUAAGGCCGAAGACUGACCAAAGUGAACGGAAACAAACAUAAGCGUGGAGUCAAGUCAAUCACCCAAUACACUCAUUGACCUUUCAAAAUAAGAACUGGGUUCUGUAUUUUAUGACUCGUUCUAGAUUGAUGUGAGAUUCACCUCAUAAUCCAACUGUGGACAUCAACAAAAUGCAGACAAUGCUAUUUGAUAGGAUAAUUUACUACCUUUUAGAUAAAACAAAACUUCACAUUACUUUACUCAGCAGCAGUGGCCUUCACAGUAUUGUAUGUGCAAAGAAGAUCCUUACAUCCUCACCUUACAGAUCUUUGCUCAGAUGGGAGGGUGCUAAGGGGUUUAAACUUGUUUAGACCAGCCUUCAGGCCCUAUAACACAUUGGAAUAUCUGUGCAUGUGUAGGGCCUUUUGCUUUUUUUUUUGCUCAUACGAAUUCAAUAAAACAUUGGAUAUGA